ACAACCACCGCGAGCCUCACCGACCCACUCCCCCGCCGUCGCUUCCCAGCCUUCGAGCGUGCAUAGUUGUUCUGUCACUCGUUACCCGCGCGCACGCUUCACUCGCUCUUCGGCCACCCACCGCCACUCCACGCUACUCUUCUAUUGCCAUCGCGCGUUGCGUUGCGCCUCCUGUUGAUCAGCCUUCGACCGGCCACAACCACCCGACCCCAACGCCGCCCUCCUCGCCCGCGACACGAUGGGCUUCGGCGACUUCACGACGAUAUGCAAGAAGGCAUCGAUACCGCUGUGCGCCCUGGUCGGGCACCAGAACAUCAGCGGUAACCGCGGCAUCCAGGCCGAGUGCUACUCGCGCUCGCUCAUGCUCGCCAACACGCUCAUCUUCCAGGCCGCCAACGACUUCAUGCACAUCCUCGCCCUCGUCAUGACUGUUGUCAUGAUCAUUCACGUGCGAUCCAAGUUCACUGCUGUCGGCCGCAAGGAGAUCACGUCCUUCUUCUACAUCUACAUGGCCCUGACCGUCAUCUCCCUGGUCCUCGACGCCGGCGUCACCCCGCCCGGCUCCGCCUCGUACCCGUACUUUGCAGCAGCGCAGAACGGACUAGUUUCGGCUCUCUGCACCUGCCUGUUGAUCAACGGCUUUGUCGGCUUCCAGCUGUACGAGGAUGGGACGACGCUGUCCGUCUGGCUGUUGCGCUUUAGCUCGCUCGCCAUGUUCAUUGUUUCCGGCGCCGUGUCUCUGCUCACCUUCAAGGACUGGGCGGGCCUGAGCCACGAGAACCCUGUCGGCGUCUUCGUUGUCACCUACAUUAUCAACGCCAUCAUGCUGUUCGUCUAUCUUUGCAGCCAGAUUCUCCUCGUCGUGGGAACACUCGAAGACCGCUGGCCGCUGGGCGACAUCACCUUUGGCGUCUUCUUCUUUGUCAUCGGACAGGUGAUCCUGUACGUCUUCAGCGACACUCUCUGUGAAGGUGUCCAGCACUACCUAGACGGCCUGUUUUUCGCCACCAUUUGCAACUUGCUCGCCGUGAUGAUGGUCUAUAAGUAUUGGGACUCCAUCACCCGUGAAGACCUCGAGUUCUCUGUCGGCGUCAAGGCACACAACUGGGAGGUCAAGGAGCUUCUGCCCGAGGAGGACAAGCGAGGCACCGUCUACAAUGAGUCCGAGUACACCCCUUCGGUCUACCAGCAGCCGUACACACGGGCAUCGCACUACUCGGCUGUAGGACACUGAUUGCCCAUUCGUCGUAUCUUGUUUUCUUCUAUUCGACCAUUUGGAAGUACUUGUUCUGUUGUAACGUUUGCAUGGCACGGAGUUUCUGGCGUUGAGCGGCCCUUUCUCGCAUCGUCAUGACUGUGUAUGCUGAAAGCAGAGUGGCUUUGCGGUGUAAGAAGCGGUGGAGCUGGGUUCGGUUCUUGAAUUACGGGACUGCCACAGGUAUUCGGUAUGGCCCGACGAUAUUGAUAGCAUGUAUAUAGUCAUAGUAGAUAACUCUUAAUCCAGACACAGUCGAUUCUCUGUAUCAUCAGC